AUGUAUACACGAUAAGAACAUAUAUUUGUUUGUGCUUUAUAGAUUUACCAUACUUGUAACGAGAAACUAUUUCAAUAAAUAAUCGUGAACGGGUCUGAUUAAGUUUUAGUUGUAACUUCCCGGUUGGUUGGAAGGUACUUAUGCGCCAACUACUCGGACUGAACUUUCAAAUAUAUUGUUGAAUUUGACAUCUUCUGAUCGCAACAUUGUUACUGAAACAUCGUCACCGCCACAACAUACUCGUCCACAACAUCGUCAACAUUUAACUUUAUUCGUAUUAGAAAGUCUACGUAAUAAAACCAAACAGCUAGUACAAGUUCGACAACACCAUUAAUAAGAUCAACAAUUUUAACGAUCAACAAUGAACAACCGGUCCUCACCUCAAACUCAAAUAUGGAAAGUUGGUUUGGUGAACCACCAGUUGAAAUACUUGACGGCCGAAACUUUCGGCUUCAAGAUCAACGCCUCCGGUGCUUCGCUGCGAAAGAAGCAGCUGUGGACAGUGGAGCAGGACGCAAACGAGGAGGACACGAUAUACAUCAAGAGUCACCUGGGCAGAUAUUUGGCCGGAGAUAAGAAAGGGAAUGCCACAUGUGACUCAGAAUCGAAAGGUGAUGCGCAGAAAUUCGUAAUAUACUAUUGUCCGGAUCAGUCAGGGAGAUGGGCGAUAUGUAAUAGAAGUACCGGUCUGUACCUUGGUGGUACCGAUGAAAUUGUGCAGUGCCACGAAAAGCAACCGGGUGCUGCCGAGUGGUGGUACGCCCACCUAGCCGUCCACCCCCAGAUAAACUUGAGAAACUACGGCAGAAACAAGUACGCACGUUUGAACAGCAAAACAAACCAUCUGCAAGUGGACGAGAUUACUCCGUGGGGUGCCGACGCACUUAUCACCAUCGAAUUCAUCGAAGGUAGGUACGGAGUGAAGACAUGUGAUGACCGGUAUCUUCAUUUCAACGGCAGCCUAGUUGAUCAACCGAGCUCCGACACGCUCUUCACGAUAGAGUUAAAAUCAGGGAUGUAUUGUGGACUGGCCUUAAAAGAUCAUAGCGGAAAAUAUUUAACGGCCAUCGGGAAAGAUGCCGUUGUCCAGUCGAAGAACAAAUCAGCUGGCAAGGAUGAGUUGUUCAGCAUUGAGGACAGCCAGGCUCAAGUCUACUUCAUUGCUCAUAACGGCAAGAUGGUGUCUCUCAAGCAAGGCAUCGACAUGUCAGCCAAUCAGGACACGGACAUAAACGACCUCAGUGACAAGGAGACCUUCCAGAUCGAAUUCGACCUGCGGACGCACCAGUGGCGGGUGAAGACGUGCGAGAACAACUACUGGUGCUUCGAUCCCGCUUCUAACGGAAUUCAAUGCAUUGGCAAUGGAAACAAUCCAAACGAGUUAUUCACAGUAGACUGGCUACCUAACGGGGCCAUAACCCUGAGGGCGAGCAAUGGGAAGUUUGUAUCGGCCAAAAUGAAUGGAAGUUUGUACGCACAGUCUGACUCUGUUAGUGAGAAGGAACACUUCUACGCGAGGAUUAUAAACAGACCCAUCCUCGUCCUCAAAUCUGAGUUUGGCUUCGUUGGCUUCAGGACCCAGAACAACCCACGUUACGAAUGCAACAAAACAAUUCACGACAUCAUUUUCGUUGAACACAAACCCGCCAAAAAAUGUGGAGAAUAUUAUUUCAAAGGCCACAACGGAAGAUAUUGGUCCAUAGAUGGCGAAGGAAACGUGAAUGCAGACAGUUCAGAACCCCACCCGUUUAUCAUCGAGUUAAGGAAGUACACCAAGAUGGCGAUCAAGGCGGCAAACGGAUGCUACCUCAUCGGCGAACAAAAUGGAAUCAUCAGUGCAAAAGGCAAGGACGUGCAGAAGGCGGUCAUGUGGGAAUAUUAAUGACCGUGCAGGAUAUUAGCCUUUUUGUACAUUAACAAUAGUUAACAUUGUUGUAAUGACGACUCACACACAAACAAACAUUCAUUGUAUCUCUUUAUUAUAAUUCGCUUUUUAGUUAAUUUACUGUUUAUACAAAUACAUGUAUAAAUAUUAUUAUACAUAAAUACAAAUACAUACGUACAUACAUAAACGUACAUAUAGUAAUAAAACAUAUAAAUGUACAAUGUAUAAAUAAAAUAUAUGCUCUAAAAUCUUUAUAAAUUAUAUAAUUAAUAUAAUUACACGUAAGCACGUAUGAAACAAAUACUAAUGCUCAAAUAACCCUCUGGAUCUGGCAUUUCUUUUUUGAAUAAACAAGAAAUGCCAAAACACGCCAUUGCUGUGCUAUCCCGAUUAUAAUUAUUUUUACUCAUUUUACUUGACAUGCAUCGUCAUCCAUCAUCUUUCUCAAUAAAAUUAACAAGUUCAAGAAAUCUAUGUAUACGAUUAUAUAUUUAUUUAAUAGAUCAAAUAUACGGAAGUCAAAAUAUCAAAAGUAACAAAAAAUAAAAUAGUAAUAAUAAUUAUAAUUACAACAUGCUUGGAUAAUUGGGAAAUCAUAAAAUAAUACCAAUUUCCAGUUUCAAAUAGUUGAUAUUCAUUAAAGUAUCGAUGUCAUAACAAUCACAAUCUGUCACUAUCUACUCGUAGGUACACUGCAAGAGAAUUUUUCAUCUAUUUCAAACGUAGCAAGCAGAGAAAAGUUAAUACAACAGCAUUCAUACAAUGCAAGCCAAUAGGCAUACAUGUUAAUUAAACACGUAUGCAACGAUGCAAGCAGAUAGGAAAAUAUAUGCAUUAAGGAUGUAUGCAUAGUUAUAAUCAUGCAUCGCACAAACAAAAAUAAUAUGUACACGCCCACAAAAAUGUCUCUACCCUUCUUCUCGCUACUCAUCUAAGGCACUGCAGCGCAUUCAUGGUAGAAUUGUAUCUUGAUGACCUCUCACUCUUCUUCUUCUUCUUCGGAUCGACAGCAAAACAUUUCCACAAUCUCAACGUUUCGUCAGCAGCUGCAGAAACAACUACACUUCCAUCUGGCGACAUUCCGAGGUGGAGAACUCGUGAGGUGUGACCAGUCAGUUCGGUGAUCCUCUCCAGUUUGGGGUAUGACCAGAUGAUCAACUGGUUGUGUUCGAAUCCAUGACUGGAAACAAACUCAUUGUAUUCUUUCGACCACAGUAUUGAGCAGACCUGAGAUCUGGUGUUUACGCUGUUCACCAUGACUCCCAUGUUACAAUUCCAAAACCUGAUUUGUUGGUCAGCAGUCCCACCACCACUAGCCAACAAAUUUGGUUGCCAUGGACACCAGGCCAAUGCCUUAACAGCAGCUGUAUGAUCGGUGAAUGAAUACAAAGGAACUUUGGAAGUAUAAUUGAAACCAUGCAAACUGGAAUAAAUGUUGAGCACGUUAUCAUUGC